AUGAUAUAUCUUCAUCCUGGCAGUUCUAACUCUGCCGUUAAAAUCCUAGCCAGUAAAUCUAGAAUUGCACCUCUAAAAACAACAUCCGUACCUCGUUUGGAGUUAUGUGCAAGCCUUUUACUUGCUAAGUUAGUUCAAAAAACUCUACCAUCGCAUUGGCUUGGAUUAACUCUUCUCCAAUUGAAUACAUUUGUUGGAAAUCGUGUAUCCAAAAUUCAAACAUUUUCAAAUAAUUUUCACUGGAGACAUAUACUAUCGGAGGGGAAUCCUGCUGACUUGAUUUCGCGAGGAAUCGAUCCUUCCGAAUUGGAGUCACUGGACUUGUGGUUUUCUGAACCAUCGAGUUUAGACAUUCAACCAACCGAUCAACAAUCCAUUGAAAAUUUGAACAGUGAACUUUAUGAGCAUGAACUGAAAAAAUCAUCGAAUAUAACUCUUACUUUGUCUUCCAACUCAGACUCUGUUAAUAGUUUUCUCACUUUAAGUAAUAAUUUUGUAAAACUAAUUCUUAUCUUGAGUUACAUUUAUAGGUUCAUUUCUAAUUGUCGGAAAGAGGAAAGGAUGAUUGGUCCCGUCACUAGAGAGGAACUUCAGCAUGCAAAGCUUUCUCUAGUGAAGUUAGUACAG